CUUCAGCACCGAUUGAUGGUUGCCAAUGAAUACGCGCACUGCUUAUGUAGAAUAUGGCCAGUGUUGAGCGAAACCAAAAUAUAUAAAUGCAAGCACGGUUGAGUCCAAGAAGAACAUGUCCCUCAUCAUUCCAUUCGCCUCAUUCAUAUAAAAAAGGUCCAUCCUCACCAUCGCCAUCACCAAUCACUAUCGUCCAACAUCUAAUACCAAUCGCCAAUCGCCAAUUUCCAGUAUGUCGCGAUCAUUCUCAACCACCAUGCGGGCACUGCUCGAUAUCGCUUGGAAAAGCACGAAAGCGAACCCAGAUUACGAUACGAUGAUUACCCGCUCAAUUGAGACACACCCGAAAUUGAGUAAAUGGGCUGAGAAGGUCGAAGUUGCGGGUGACGAACAUGGCUCUAAUGCAGACCCUGAUCUGCGCGUAUCGGGGCAGAUAUUCAACAAGGAGGGAGUGCGGAUUACAUCGGGGCAUUGGUACAAAGACGGGCGGGUGGUGUAUUCGAAGAACACCUUCAAUAAAUGAUUCGACUAGCCAUGAGGAGGGCUCUUUAGAGAAGCAUUAUUCGUCAGAUUAGUUGGUAGAACUUUCUAAGAUUGGUUAUGUUCUGAGUAACCCGUGGGUUACAUAGCAAUUCGCCAAGAGCCCGAAGCUUAGUAACUGAUAUCACGGAAUACGUAUAAAAUAAUUUCAUUUAUACAUGAAAGCCGCCGUAACUAUUGCAUAUAUUACCGUUAUUUACUUUUCUUGGCGGAUUCUGGGUCGGAG